GAUAAUUUGCCACAUGUUGAAACACGUGAAUGGCGUUUACGUCCGUUUAAUUAUGACAAUACAAUAAAUGCAAUGCUAACAUUAUUUGUUGUAACAACGGGAGAGGGAUGGCCGAGUAUUCGGCAGAAUUCGAUGGAUACUACCGAAGAAGAUGCGGGACCAUUACCGUUUUACAGGGUUGAGAUGGCGCUCUUUUAUGUAAUGUUCUUCAUCGUAUUUCCAUUUUUCUUCGUAAAUAUCUUCGUUGCACUGAUCAUUAUUACAUUUCAAGAACAAGGCGAAGCUGAGCUCUCUGAAGGUGAUCUUGAUAAGAAUCAGAAGCAAUGUAUCGAUUUUGCAUUAAAUGCUCGUCCACGUUCAUUAUUUAUGCCAGAAGAUAAGAAUUCGAUCAAAUAUCGAAUCUGGCGACUUGUUACUUCCACUCCAUUUGAGUAUUUCAUUAUGGCAAUGAUUUGCUGCAAUACAAUUAUUUUGAUGAUGAAGUUUCAUGGAAAUUCUGAAUUUUAUGAAAAAAUUCUUCGUUUUUUUAAUACGGCAUUAACGGCAGUAUUCACGGUGGAAUCAACCCUAAAAAUAUUAGCAUUUGGCGUACGGAAUUAUUUUCGUGACGGUUGGAAUCGUUUCGAUUUUAUCACCGUUGUUGGUUCCAUCACAGAUGCAUUGGUCACCGAAUUUGGUGGUCAUUUUGUAUCACUCGGAUUUUUACGUCUUUUUCGUGCUGCUCGUCUGAUAAGACUUCUACAACAGGGAUAUACCAUAAGAAUACUGUUAUGGACAUGUUCAACAGGUGAAGCAUGGCAGGAUAUAAUGAUGGCAUGUACGGCAGGGAAGUAUUGCGCGAAACCGAAUUCAUUUGAAAUUAAUUUAGCUAAAGGACCAACUUGUGGUACUCAGAUGUCCUACAUGUUGAAUUUAUUUGUUGCUGUAAUAAUGGAUAAUUUUGAUUAUUUAACUCGUGAUAGCUCAAUCCUUGGACCUCAUCAUUUGGAUGAAUUUGUUCGAGUUUGGGCUGAUUAUGAUCCAGCCGCUACCGGACGAAUUCAUUACACGGAUAUGUACGAGAUGCUACGUAACAUUACUCCACCAGUUGGAUUUGGACGUAAAUGUCCAUAUCGUUUAGCCUAUAAACAUUUGAUACGAAUGAAUAUGCCAAUAGCAGAUGAUGGUACUGUACAUUUUACAACAACACUGUUUGCAUUAAUACGAGAAUCGCUUAGUAUUAAAAUGAGGCCUGUAGAAGAAAUGGAUGAAGCAGACGAGGAGUUACGUCAAACUUUACGGAAAAUAUGGCCGCUAAAGGCGAAAAAGAAUAUGAUAGACUUGGUGGUACCACCAAACACAGAAUUAUGUUAUCAAAAAUUAACCGUUGGAAAGCUUUACACUGGCUUAUUAAUCCUUGAAAACCAUCGAGCGAAGAAAUCAGGUAUUGAGUUGGCCAAGCGUAAACGGCAAAGAGCCGCACUUCUCCUUAUGACUCAUCGUCACACAUUAUUUUUAUUGGAUGACGAAAAAGAGAGGCCAUAUUCGUUAUUUUCUACACUGGUUGAUACAAUUAAAGCAGCGAAAACGGAUAGUGCCGAAAACUCACCGGAUAGUCCAACAUCGCAUAAACAAAGUGUUACAGUUGUUGAUAAAUCGACUGUUGGUCGCCGUCUUUCAGGAAUUAUCUCAAGAAUACGAAGUCGAGAGGGUAGCAUAAACAACAAUGAAUCAUUACGACAGCGUUACUCAAAUGGAGGAAUAUUCUUGAGUGCAUAUGAUAAUAACAAUGCUACUUAUGAUGAGGUGCAACAAUUGUUACCAUCGGAACCAUCACAAAAAAAUUCACCGAAUUAUUCACGUAAUAUUCGUAGUACUGCUAUGAAUUCACGAGAUGAUCACUAUUACCGACGAGGACAUUCACAUUCUCCAGGAAGUUCACCGUCACGUUCAAAUUAUAUACGACAAACGUCACGAGAAUGUAAUUCGCCAACGCAUUUAAGCAAUUUGACGAAGUCACGAGAAGAGAGAUAUUCACGUCCGCGAGUACCACCGCAUCGACCAGCAUAUAAUGAUAAUGAUAAUAAUGAUAAUGGAAGCUUAUCAUUGGUUGAUGGUUAUUUGCCGAAUCGAUUACGACGGUUAUCACCGACACGUGCAACCCAUAUGAAUAAGCGAAUUUAUUCAGAUACGCCAUCAUCACAAAUGCUUACGGAUGAUGAUGAAUCAAUGCUAAGCGCUGUACGUCAACGAAGACUUCCAUUAAUUGGUACAUUACCUUCACCAACCUCAUUACGUUCACCCGAUCACUACACAAAUCCAUAUCAUACGACACGAAGUGAUCUUGGCGUAAGUGGGCGUACCGUUUACUAUACGUCAACCGAUGAUAUACCAUCAGCAUCUCCCAGUCCUGCACACAAUUUCCCCAUUUAUGGCCAAGGUGAUAACCUUGGAUCACGAUUACCUAUUGGUUAUAACAGUUGGAGGACACCAUUUGUUACUAUUGGCUACCACGGUAAUAAUAUCACACCAUACAAUCGAGUACAAAGUGGUAGUGGUAACAGUGCACCAACGAUGAUCUAUGCUGGUAAUCGACUACGGCCAAUGAUAAGAGUGAUACGAGCUCAGCCAGGUAAUAUGCCACUCAGCGAUUCUGAUAACGAUGAACCAAAAUGGGCUGUUGUCUAG